UACAGAGAUAGAAGAGUAGAGAGCAGCAAAACCUACCUCCCAAAUCUCUCUCUCUGCCUCUUUCUCUCUCCAACUAAAAGUAGAACUAGCUAGAAAGCUAUCUAUCUUGUAAGAACCAAAUUAUAAAGCUUGUAUUGGUAUGGUAUAUCUUUGUUUCCCAUAUUUGCUUAUUUCUUACUGAGUUUCUCCACUUCUUCUUCAUCUUCAUCUUCAUCUUCAUCUUCAUCUUUCAUUUAUGUCUGAAGAAAACCAAGAUCUAAGCCAUGAUAAUCCUUUUUACUACAGUCACCAUGAAAUCAACCACUCAACCUUUCCUUUCUUCAACAAUAAUCCCAUGGUCGCACCCACACAAAACCUGCAAGGGUUUGAUCCCUCAUACAUGAGCUUCACUGACUGCUUACAUGGCUCUAUGGACUACAACACCCUCUCAAGAGCCUUUGACAUGUCUUGCUCAUCAUCUGAAGUAAUCACUCCAAUUGACGACAAUUUGAUCAAGAAGGCGGCCGUUGUGGGAGACUCCGGCGGAACCAGCUGUGAAAACCUCUCGACCCCUAAUUCUUCGAUGUCUUGUUCAUCUAACGAGGCAGCAGGUGAUCAGGAAGAAUCGGUUAAGAGUAUCAUAGAUAAGCAGCCACAAGGGUGUGAAGAUGGAGAUGAAGAAAAGUCUAAGAAAGGGAACAAGCAGAAAAAGAAAGAAAAACGGCAAAGGGAGCCGCGGUUUGCCUUUUUGACUAAGAGCGAGAUUGAUCAUCUUGAGGACGGUUACAGAUGGAGAAAGUAUGGCCAGAAGGCUGUGAAGAAUAGCGCUUAUCCAAGAAGUUAUUACAGAUGCACGAGUCAGAAGUGCAACGUGAAAAAGCGUGUCGAGAGGUGUUUCCAAGAUCCAUCAGUAGUGAUCACAACAUAUGAAGGGCAGCACAACCACCAAUAUCCAGCAACCCUCCGAGGAAAUGCUGCCGGAAUGCUGUCACCUUCCUUCCUGGCGUCGGCUUCAGUUGGACAAAGCUUUCCCCAAGCACUAUUUUCGCAGUUGCUUCCAACAAAUAACCAAGCUGACCCAAAUUACAUGUUUUAUGGCAACCUCACUCAGCAGCAGCAGCAGCAGCAGCAGCAGCUCCCUGACUAUGGCUUGUUGCAAGAUUUAGUUCCCCCAUUUAGCAACAAGCGACAGCCAUGAAUUGUUCCUAUCUAUAUAUAUAUGAUCUCUCCAAGAUUUAUAUAUGUACUAAGAUGAUGAACUUAGAAAUACGUAACUGUAUGGCUCACAUAGAGCAUCAAAUGCAUAUUUCUGACUAGUUAAAUGGUUUUUGCGUAUCUGUUCGAUCGAUCUCCUUGAUCUUAAGAUUUGCCAGAAAGUGAGUGAUGGGUGUUUCCUUAAUUUGAAGGAUUGCCAGCACGGGAGAUGAGUGUUUAAAUGGAGGUGAUGUGAUUGAUAUGAUCUGUAGUAAUUAAGAUAAGGCCGGCCUAAGGAAUGCAAUGCUUUCGGUGCAUGUGCAUUUAAUGCAUAUGAAGAUUGUUGGGUCACUGUACGGUACUUAAGAUAUGUCUGUUCCUUUUCU